GGAAUUUGCCGGCAAACCUCGACCGGCGUAAGUUUCUUUUCCUUCAAUUACAAUCUGCAUUUUAGGUUUAGUAGCAACUUGACUAUUAAAGCAGUAAGACGUUAUCCGUCUGUAGCCGGUAAUACUUCUACUUUUGCUAAGAAAUGUAUACAAAGUUUUCGGUAGAAUCAAAGGAAAGUGGUUUUGUUAAAAAAAAUUUUAUCGUAUCUUCUGAUAUUUUUUCCGUGCUACUAAAUAUACCGUGUGUUAGAAAAAAACUUUUUUCUAGUUGAACCUGAGAUAUUUGAGUGCUUUUUUCAUUGACAUACCUCGAAGAUAAAAGAAGCUGCCUAUACAUAGCUGUCUUUAACCAGGGCCAAUUGUGAUAUUAGAAUAAGUGUUAAUUAUAGACGAUAGAUUAGUAUAAAAAUAUGCUUGUUAAAAAAUUCGAUGCACACGAUCGGAGAAAUUUAUUAGAAUGUUAUUUCCCCCACAACAUGUGGGCGAGAUACGAAAUCAAAAAAAUCGAAGCACAAGAUAAUAAAUCUCAGGACGCCAAGUCACAAGAUAACAAAGAUGUUAAGUCGCAGGAUACCAAACUCGAAGAGUCCAAUUCGCAAGGUACCAACACUCAGAACGCCUCUCCACAAGUGAACACAUCGCAAGUAAUCAGAUCCGAAGAUAUGGGAUGGCUUGGUAUGUCCAGCGAAGAAAUUGAAUUACUCGAUUGGGGAUACGACGAAGAAUACAUAGAAUCUUUGGAAAUUAGAGGAGAUGAUAACGAUUUCGACGAUAUUCGAAUAUACGAUCCAAAAUUACAAGACGUGAUAGAUGAAAUGUUUUGUUUGGAGAACUUACCGUCGUAUAAAAAACGUAAAUAUUUGAAAAAGAUACUUCACGAUUGUAUGUGGAACGGUCAUUGUGGUAGCAAAGAACAUCCAUCAGAUGAAUUCCGAUCGUAUUCGGGAUCAUUCGUCCCGACGCCUCUAACGCCGAUUAAAUCUCCUAUGGCUCCUUAUAAAAUGGAUCAAAUGUGCAAACCCGUUUACAAUGGUCAGCAGAGUUUGCUAAAGUCCCAUUACAGACCUACCACGCUUCUUCAGACUCCUCCUAUGUCCGAUGACGAAGAAAUAAAAUCGAAUCCCACUAACGUGCUUAAAUUGCUUAACGAAGCUAUCGAUGAAUGCGAUCUUGAAGAAGAUAGUGACUUGUGCGAUUAUUUCGAAGAUACCGAUAUCAAAGAAGAAAUAAAUAUCAAUGAUUUCGAAGAAGAUGAGGAAGAUACUGAGGUUCUUCCGGUUGUUGAACCAUUAAAAACUUUCCAUGCCGCUGAGAGCGACCACAGCUAUCACAAAGGGAAAUACUGUGCUUCGGGAUCGGCUGCGUUUGGAAUUGAUACUCCUUCUGAUUCUGAGGAAGAAAUCGACGUGGUAAAUGUAAUCGAGAAGAUUCAAGUCAACAACAAAUCUGUGCUUUCGUUCCCCAACAAUCCAUCAACAAGAGAUCGCCAACAGAUCCAAAGACGGAUGGCAACAGCUAUAUCCAAAAAGAGGAUGCCCCCGCAAGCUCUUAAAACUGUUAUGCCCGUUAGAAAAAUGUCCCCACCAGAAUCACCUGCUAUUAAAAAGAAACCAACGGCAACAACUGCAAGGGGAGGAAAGAGAUCGAAGCAGUGCAAACCGUCAACUAGCAGUUCGUACAGACGGCGGCAUUAUGGUCAAAGUAGCGACGAAGAACCAGAGACUUCAGAAAAACGAAGUUUACACAAUAACAUGGAGCGCCAGAGAAGAAUCGAUCUAAGAAACGCUUUCGAAGAUUUAAGAGUACUCGUACCGGAAGUUAGUAAAAAAGAAAGAGCAGCCAAAGUUGUUAUACUAAGAGAAGCAGCUUCUUAUUGCGACUUUUUGUCGAAUACAUCUAAAAAUAACGCUAAACAGUUUGAAGAUUUGAAAAAGAAACAGGAAUAUUUGAGGCGAAAAUUGUCUAUGUUGCGACGAAAUUUAGCUGCUAAGCGUUAAUUUUAAUUUGUUCAAACGUAGUUUUUUAUUGUGUUGUUUUUUUUUAUUAAUUAUGCUCAUUAGGCAAUGGCCGUUUUUAUUGGUUAAUUUCGAUUUUACAAAACAAAAAUAAUACAUUUUUGUUCGAUUAUUUUCUAUAUGAAUUAUUUCGUUUUUUUUUAAAAUUUUGUCUUGAUAUUUUAUUUAAAUCUUAGAAAUCGGUUAUUUCAUAUCAAAUGAGCAAACAACUUUGCGUAAAAAUUUUAUCGGUAAUUUCAAAAAAAAAAAAAGAAAUUUGAAUUAUUUGGGUAAUUUUUAAAAAUUUUUGAAUUUGAUUUUCGUUUUUAUCAAUAGGUAGGGUAAAAACAAAUUUUAAACUGUAUUUUUUUGAAUUAAGUUAUAUCAAUUAUUUUUGAAAUUAGAAAAAAAAAGAGAUCUUUCAAUUUGAAGAAAUAACAUUCUCUCAAAAUCAGAAUUUCACAAAAAUAUUUCUAAAGUACUUCAAAUUAUUUUUUAGUAGAUAUAGUGAAAAUCGCCGUAAAGGCGAUGAGGUAGUGUCCCAAAAAGAAAAUAGCAGAUAAUUUCAAUCAGAUCAGUAUCUCUGAUCUAUUAUCCAACUAAUAUUUAAUAUUUCACACCAUAAAUGAUGUAGAGUAACCCCAUAACUAUUUUUUUAUAGCUGAAAAUACCUUCAUGCGUCUCGGUAUAACGCAAACGUGGCUUGUCGAUGAAAAAGUUACUUCGACUGUGAAAAAUGUUUCUUCUUUCCCAACCAUCCAAAAUAUAAACUCAACAGCAAAAAAACACACUUAGAUUUGGUCUUCUUGUUCUUCCUCUUUCAAUAGAACCAGGUCCUGUUCAAGCCUGUACGUUUGGCCCUGGAUCUUCCUGAGAAGCUGAAUUCCAGCUCUCGUACCACCUCUUUGGUGGUCUGCCUACAGGUCUGCGUGUGUUUGUAUUUAUAAUUAAAUAUAUUAAUCUUUUUAAUUUAUGGUAAGAACUCUGUCAGACAUCGAAGUAAUUAAAUUCUGGACAUCAUACUCCACCGGCAUAGCAUCCCAUUCUUCUCGAAGAGCAAUUUGGAGCUGAUUUAAGUCACUAGGAGGAGGAUGAUGACGUCCAAUACGCCUCCCUAAAUUAUCCCACAAAUGCUCUAUGGGAUUCACAUCGGGAGAUAGUGCAGGCCAGUCCAGAACUGUGAGCCGGACACGCAAUCACAAAAGCCAAUCUAUGUCCGGUUUUAUCGAGACACUUAGUAGUAGGCACCAAUCUGAUCACAAAUAUCAAAAGCUCCUUUACCUUUAUUAUAAUCCAAAAUCUUUUAGAUUUAAACUUAGUUUUUCCUCUAUAUCUCACUUCUUGUUAAAUGUCUCGUGGACGGAGCCAACGUUCCAGUGAUGGCAUUUGAAUGGUACCCGAACCAUGUUGAGUCCAUUAGCACGUCGUCAAACAUGGGCAUGGAGCUUAACGUGUUAAUUAAGUAAUCGCGUGUAUUUUAUACCCUAACGUUUACUGUUGUGAUCUUUGACCAACUCAUACGUUGAAAGGGGAUAAAACAACAAUAGAAAAAAAGUUUCGCAUUAAUAGCAUAACCUCACAAUGACUACACGAGUAACUAAAGACUGCGUACAGUUAUAAUAUAUGAUUAAGAAGGAUCGAAACAACCAUGAGUCAUCGGUUGCAGCUAUCUCAAGGUUGCUAGUACGAACGUUACCCAAAAUUAGCCUGCAAACUACCGUCAGCUCGACUCCAUGACAGCUAUUGCUGUUGUAACUUAGUUAUUGAACCUUAUACGUCGUCAAGCAAGAAGUUAGGCCUAAAAAAUCUAUUAUACCCUUUCCUCUCAAAAGCUAGAAGUUAUUUUAUUCACCGGCUUCUGUUUGGAUAAGUCUUCCUGCUCUACUCAGUAUGUUCCCAUAUAUUAAACCAUGUAACUCUGUUGUAUGUAAGAAUGUUAAUUUAUUCUUCUAACCUACAUGAUAUGCAUUCGUCUCUUUCAACAAGUUUUUUGAGCCGAUGAUGUCCUCUUCCAAAACCUUUAAUGCAGACUUCUCAUCAUACUUUCCCAGUAUUAUCAGUAGUCGAAUCCUUAUUUUUUUCCCUAUUUCUUUCUCCCAGUUACCCAAUUUCCAUUUCUUUUGCCAUGUUUUAUCCAAACAAAAAAUGAUUGGGUUUGGUCCAGUAUGUGCUGGUACCCAGAAGAGAGGUAAAGUUUAUCUAAGCAUUCCCAAUUCUUGAUGCUUUAACAACUGCCUUUAUAUUCAACAUAAUAUUUUUUGCCUCGUGCAUUUCUAAUUUAUGUUGAAAUUGACACAUCUGCUAGGAAAGACGCAACUUGGGACACGUAUAGCACGUGUAAAGUAGCGUGAUACGAGAGACACGACUCGUACAUACUACACGUGGUGCAUGGUGAUCCGCAUAUUGAGACACGCGUUUUCAAAUAGAAAACGUUGGGGUUUGGAUUUGUUCGGUAUCAAAAAAUGUCUGACAUUUUUGACAAUUGAACAAAAUAAUUGUUAUUGAAUUUGAGUUUUGAAUCGGAUGAUGCUGAGGAUGAAAUGUUGUUUUUAUUCCUUGACCAGGAAGAAAUCAUUUGCAAUAACAUCCGAUUCUUCAGUUUCGUCUUCAUAUAUAUUCACCCUUUUUUGUAUUGUAAAGCUCUGUGUACCCUACUUUUCAUUUUUUCGUGAAAAAUGUGGUGUCAAUUCGCGUUAUGUGCUGCACCACCACACACGUGUUAUACGUGUCCCAAUUUGCGCGUUGCCUGGUUGUUCAUUGAUUUUUUUUUACUUUUCGAUUGAUAUACGAUGAUGGAGGUUUUGUGAGAGCUUAUGUAGUGAACUCUGGAUCAUUUAUGGUUUCAUUUAAAUGUAUUUUCCCCCGAAAGAGCUCUAAAAGCGUAUAGAAUCACGAAAUAGUGAUUUAUGUAAAAGAAAAAAAUGUUUAUUCAGAGUGCCAAGUCACAAAAAGUAAGCUGAAGUUGUCAAUGCUCAAUUUUUUGUUGACUAUUUUGUUGUUACUUUGAUAAGUGUUUUUUUUAAUUAGUUUUAUUGAAUUAGUUAAUGGGACAUUUGUUUGUGCAUGAUAAAUAUGUAUGUCUUCCUUUAUGCACAAUUAAUAUUAAAUUUUUUUAAAAAUGUCGUGAGAGAUAUUGAGAAUUGUUGUGUUCAUAAUAUUUUACAGUAUUUUAUACUUUUGAUAAAAUAAAAAUAAAUACAAAAAAAUAUGUAAAAUAUAUAAAAAAAAAAAAAUAAAAAAAAAUUGUACGAUCGGAUCCGAAUCGAUAUAAUGUUUCUUGCACGAAAAAAUUUUUUUUAAUCACAAAUAAAUAUUUUUAUGUCGAAUAUACACGGUGUUUUCCAUCAAUUAAACAAUUUUAGAUAACCUAAUUUACAUUAUUUGAUUGUAAAAUUGACAUUUUGAUAAUUUUGUGACGUUAACAAAAUAUAUUGAUUUUUUUUUUCAAAAAUUUGAAAUUUACGAUAUUUGUCAAUGUUUAAUUUCAUAAUAGACCAUAAAAACAGUAGUAGUACAGAAUUUCAAUGGAAUUGCAAAAAAAACUUCGACUUACGAAGAAGAUCUCCAGAUAUGAAGUAUUUGAUGACUUCUGAAAGUGCGUUUUUUGACUAUAAAUAGUCAAUAAAGGUCAAGAUAGAUACAUAUUUAUUGAAAUUUAUUAUAUGUAUAACAACGCAAACGUCAGCCCAUGACCUCUAGCUUUUUCUUCAUAUCCUCUUUACUAAAUGUCUUCAUUUAAUCAUGUGCCUUCUCUUCUCAUCUUUCUUUGCCACAAUACACCUCUUCUAUACAUUUCUCCUUUGGUCUUCUAUUUUUAUUCCCACCUUCUCAAGCUCUUAUUCACUUUUUUAUAAAAUUACUCAUUUCGGGAGACGUCCCCCAGCUAUUUAACUCUCUUAGAACUUAACACCUGGGCAAUUCAUGAUUGAUCAAUAGAGCCAUUAUUUCUUUCCCAUAUUUCUCUUGCUGUAAACUGCAUCGCUUAUUUUUUCAGUAAAAAUAUUUGCAGACUGCUCUGGUUUCUUUAUUUAAUAUGAAUAAUUCAACAUUUAAAGAAUCAGUAGAUGUUCUAGGCCGAUACGGGAGUGACGUGUACGGGCUACGUCGUAGUAUGAUUAUCGCGCGCCUAACCGCAGAUUGCGAUAACGAUAAUGUCUUCAUAAAAAAAAACGUCUCCAUUCAAUUUGCUGAUUUUCACAACAAAUUCUUCUAGUCUAUUUCUAUACUCUACUGAAGACAUAAUUGAACUGAGGUAUCUAAUAUGUCCUACUAAAUUUCUUUUGUCCCACCUGUUAAAUUCAAUGAUCAACCAGAUUUCUUAAUCAUUUGUUCGCUUAUCAACAAAACGAUAUGUCCUACCACUAUUAACACGUCUACUUGGACCGUUAACACCUCGUUUUUUACCCCUUACAAAACACGUCACACCUCGUCACCUUUAUCGCAAUCUGCGGUUAGGCGCGCGAUAGUUAUACUACGACGUAGCCCGUAGUUUGAUCAGAUUGGUUUCUAAGUCCAUAUCCGACUCAUGUACUUCUUGUAGCUUGGAAAAUCACCAGAUAUUGACCAGAUCUCGGCUUGACAAAAUUUGUAAUUGUCUAGUUUCGUUCGAAUUUCGUUUCAUGUUUCCAUCAAUCAAACUGUGAAGGGUAUUUAAGUGAAGAUUGGACCUUAGCAUUAUAAUCCAAUGGAAGUGGAAACAUAAUGACGUUGUUUAGUCUUAUCUCCAACUAAUGGUUUUUCAUUACCUGUCAUAUUUUUUGCUAGAAAUAUUAAGCAAUCUAAGAAACCAGCUGAUCUAAGUCAAAAUGACGGCCGUGGGUAAACAAUUGACGUUCUAGUAUAUACCUCUUGGUUUUGUUUCGGUUGUGAGAUAUGUUUAAGUGAAAACUGAGCAUUUUUGUAGUUUUUUAUCAAGUAAUCUUUCAAGCAAUUCACAAAAUUUGAAAUACUGAGUAUUUUUUAAGAUUGCAACCCAGUGACAGCUGGUAGGUACGAGGACAAACUUGAAGCUAUAGAUGGAAGUUAAAUCCUUCUUUAAGAAGCCAUUUGGUGAUAAAACUGGGAAUAAUAAAGUCUAAAAUCCAACAAAUAACUUCACAAAACACACAGUAACUUACGACAGAAGCUUUUGUUUACCCUCCGGCGGCCAUUUUUAAAUGGGCAUCAGUUGAUUUUGACAAUUAAGAAUCCUCUGUUGUUAAUCGCUUUUUAAAGUACUUUUUCCAUUCAUAACCAAUUCCGUUAUUCACAUUUAUACUUUCAGCACAUACCUUCGUAAACACAAAGUCAUGACGUUACCUAUUUUAUCAACCAACCAUGGCUGGCUCUUUAUGGUAAUAUGAAGUAGAUACUGGUCUAGUUCAAUUAGUACGUUCUGAUCAAGUAUUAUAGUAAGUAACUCGGCUUUAUGAAAAGAUAUACUCAAUCUAGUUUAUCAGUACCUCCCAUUGAUCAACGACCACCUUCAAUACAAACAUCUUCUCUAUCCUUAUACGCUCCAAGCAAAGGUUCAAAUGUGUGAAACAGUACUCCUUCAGGACUUUUGCAUCAUUUUAGUUCAUAGCUACUUAAAUGACCGCCAAUCGAAUCAAAGUAACAUUUUUUCAUUCAUUUUGACGUAGAACGCCUUCUCUGUCAUCUUGAAAAUGUUUAAACCACGUGUACACGAUAAAAAUUUACUGCCAUACAUUUCUUUUAAUAAAUAUUGUUGUUCACGUGAUUUUAUUGCACAAUAAUUUGUUAUACUUUUAAUAUUUUAGUUUUGCGAAGAAGCAAAAAUAUUCAUAUAUGAUUCUAUGGAUCCUACGGCUAUACUGAUUUGUUUUCAGUAGCAAAAGAUACUUUAUUUAUAAUAAAAGGUUUAGCGGUAACAGCAAACUGUUGCCGGUGUUUGGAGCAGGCGUAUUUUUUUCCAGUAUCGUUAGUCUUAUUCGAAAUUUUAUUUUAUCUUCGAAUUUUCGAUUUCAUACACUUUUAAGAUCGUCUGUAUUUUUUUUAGAAACCCAAAUGUCUCAUCGUUCAAUCGACAGAACAUAAGUUCUUUCCGUGUCAUGAGAGAAUCGGAUUUCAAUAAAUCCGAUAAUUGAAUCCAAAUAAGGAACAUAACGGCUUCAUCUUCUACCCUACACAGUCACCCCUUUAAAAAAUUAAAAUCGGGGUUUGUGGUGUAAGAUUUUUCGUUGGAAUUUUCUAGAAAACUUUCUCUAUCUAUCACACCUUUAGCUUGAUUAUUUCCAUUUUUCCCUAUUUAUAGUAGUUUCCAAUUUCUCACCCCAUUCUUCAAAAAAUCUUGACUUCGGUAUUUCUUGCCCCCUUGAUUCCACUGUACCAUCAGUCUUAUCCUUGUUUUUGGUCCAGCUCUCCAUAUAUUAUCUCCCUCCAGAACUUCUUUAUUUGUUCUUCAGUAUACAUCUUUUUUUGUCUUUGUUUCCAGUUUCUCAUCUCCAUUAUUUCCAAACACAUUUCGAUUUGGGCAUUCCUCUCCUUCUUGCGUCUUCCUGCUGUACCAUCAUUCUUAUCUCUGGUUCCGGUCCAACUCUUUACCAAAUUCUCAUCCUCCAGAACAUCUCUGUUUCUUUAUUUGCUAUUCUUCAGUAUAGAUCUUUUUGUAUCAAUUCUUUCUAAACACAUUUCUACUCUGUAUUCCUCUUUCCCUCCCUCAUUACUUACACAUAAUAAACUUUAAUAUCAUAGAGUUUAUAUGAAAUAUGAAAACUAUCGAAAGAGAGAGAAGGGGUAUAGGUUUACAAUCCUCUAUCUCCGUUUACUUGUUAUUCUCCUUCUUCGCCUUUACUACCACUCGAAACUUCGACUUUAUGGCGAUCUAAUAAGAAUACAGUAGACAAAGAUACAGAGUGGUAUAGCGAUGUUUUUUCUUUUUCUAUAAACAGUUCGAGUUCACUUGAACAAGCUCUCUUUCUCUAUCUUUAAUAUUAAUUAUAUGCGUGAUGUACGCCGACUGAUAUUUCGGUAAAACAUGUUCGACGAGCUCGCGGCGAAUAUGAACAUCAAAACCGCCUUUACACCGAGCGCGCGGUGGACCCUAAACAAUUCGCAUAUGUUUGAGUGUGAAAUGUGGCAACACUGUUUAUUUUACAAGUAUUACUGUUCGGUCUGUUUUGAGUAUUUUUAAGUAAAUUUGAUUGAGAAUUUUGUUGGAUUUCCUGCAAGAAACAAAAAAAAAAUAUCUGCUAUAUAAACGUACCUGUGAUGUAACCUCGCUGUUGACCAAAUACAUAGAAAUAGUUAUACUUAUUCAAAUUAUUGUGCAUAUAUUUGAUUUCUUACAACUUUUUAAACUGUUUUCUAGUAAUAAAUAUAUAACAGGGCAAUUCUCUAUAAGCUUAGCGACCAUCGGCAAAGCCAUUAAUCCAUAGGCGUUCGUAGAAAAGGGGAACGGUUCGGUUCUAUCUUGUAGAUAUAAAAAGAUAUUUUGAAAAUAGUAUCCGGACGCCUGUACGUUUAGUAGUAGUGCGAGUGGCUUUGCUUUAAAUAAGCAGUUGUAUAUUAUAUACGGUUUAUAUUAUUAAGCCCUAAGGAUCUAUGGCAUAAGGUUUUUUUUUAACAUAAUGUAUAAAUAAGCGGGGCAAAGAAACUUCUGGAUUCAAAUGAAAGAGGCGAAUUGUUAUCGAUUUGAAAACAUAACCUCCAAAUACCAUUUUGUUUGGUAUAUAAAAAAAUUUUUGUUACUCAAUAGAAUUAAGCCAAAUUUAGAGAAAAGGUACUUUAGACAAUUAGACACUAAAAUGUAAAAUCAAAUGUAUAAUUAUCGUAAACAGUUUAUCAAAAUGCAAAAUUAGAAAAAAAUACAAAAUUUUCAGUUUAGUAAAGGAGGGAGAAAUAUGAAAUACUUUAUCCACACUAGUGUGAUUGAUUUCCGGAUUUUUUUUCGGUGCUCAAGCAAAAUAUUAAUCUGCAUAUAGAGAAAAAACUCACCAAGUUUGAGCUCUCAAUAUCAAUUUAAAGUAUUUACAAUUUAAAUAUAAAGUUUCACAAUUUAAAAUGAUUUUUUUUUCAAAUUUUUAAUAAUUGCUUUUUACAAUAAUGAAAAUCAGUUCGAUGGACCUUGUGAGCAAUUUUAUGUUCUUCGAAAUGUAACUCGUACUGGUUCACCAAUAGGAGUCGUUGUAACAAUUUUUGAAAAAAUUUUUAAAUGGUUAAACUUUAUAUUUAAAUUGUAAGUACUCAAAAAUUAAUAUUGAGACCUCAAACUUGGUGAGAUUUUGUUUUCUAUAUGUAGAUUAAUAUUUUGCUUAUGCAUCGAAAAUCACCCCACUCUACACUCAUUAGUAGCCCACAAUAAAACAUUGUACCCAUAGUUCUCAUUUCUCAUUAGCAGAAAACGCACUAAGGCAAAACAUGAAAUGAUCAUCGUCCUCAUUCGGUUUCAGUUGUCCUGACAUAUCUUCCAAAUCGUCGACAGAAUCCUCAAGUUUUACAUCUUCGUUUGAAUCCUCAGUAUCAUCAGCAGAAACUGAUAAGGAUUUUCCCGAAAACAAGUGUUUUUUAUUUUUUUUCAGUUAUUUUUAUUUACUGACUCAUUCAGUUCGUUAUUGUAAAUGACGAGGUAAACCAAUUGUAUUUGGAACUGAAGAUAUUUCGGUGAAACACACUCCUGGUUUAAAUCUAUGUCUUCGUCAUCUUCAUCUUGAUAUUAGUAAACAGCUUGAGUUCGUCCAGGUGUAAUGUCUUCACAUGCCGUUUUAGAGCAUGUAGGUUUAUCGAUAAAGGUAGUAGAAGCUUUUGUUGUUUCGACUUCUUGAAUGUUAAUGGUAUUUUUUCUGCUUCUUGUUCCGCAAAUUCGAAGAAAACAGCCAUGUUAAAAGGAUAAAUACUAGUGGUGAGAAGACCAUUAGCGGCUAUUGUGUAUAUCUACCAAAUAAAGAAAUAAGAGCCCGUUGGUGUCUUUACUGUAAUGGCCCCAUAAAUGACUUACCAUAUACUGGAGCUUGUGUGUCGAAUGAGGAGACGAUAUUGCGAAUCUUCCAGCCAUUUUGUCUCCUGGCAAAAAUUGUGUCGGAAUUUAUUUUGUUCGGCUAGUGGGUUAAUUCCUCCCAAUACAUCUCAACUUUAAAUCUGCAAUUUCAGUUCGAUAACAUAUGGCAAUAGCAUUGUCAAAGUACAUUUUUUAUUUAAAGUUUUCUCUUUUAAUUUGAAUCCAAUAAAGUAUCCAAUAUACUUAAUCACCCUGUGUAUGUUAUUAAUAUAAGUAAAAUAAACUUUUUGAAUGUAGAAUAUCGAUCGUUUUUUAUUAAUAAAUAAUAUGCCAUAAUCCUAACGAUUGAUAUGUGGUAGUACUUAUUACAAUUUGUCAUUUCUUUUUUUUUAACAAAUUUUGUUUAGUAAAAUUUAUGAGGAUUUGAUUAUAUUGUGCUGUUCCUAGUAGAUUUUACACAAUAAAAUGUUGGCUUGCUAAAAUUUU